AUGAAGGCCAUCAGGAGAGCUGGGUACUUCCACACCCAUGGACACGCUGAUCCCUGCAAGAGCUCCAGCACCCCGUACAUGAUCCUCUUCGGCGUUGUGCAGAUUCUGUUCUCGCAGAUACCGGACUUCGAUCAGAUUUGGUGGCUAUCCAUUGUCGCCGCCGUCAUGUCCUUCACUUGUUCUUCCAUCGGACUCUCCCUCGGCAUCGCACAGACCAUCUCCAAUGGUCGAUUCAUGGGCAGUCUCACUGGCAUCAGCAUCGGCGCCGGCGUCACCUCCACACAGAAGAUCUGGCACACGCUUCAGGCUUUCGGCGACAUCGCCUUCGCCUACUCCUUCUGCAACAUCCUUAUUGAGAUCCAAGACACGAUCAAGGCACCGCCACCAUCAGAGUCGAAGGUGAUGCAGAAGGCGACGCGUCUCGGCGUGGCGACCAGGACCAUCUUCUACAUGCUGUGCGGGUGCAUGGGGUACGCGGCGUUAGGUGAUAACGCGCCGGAUAACCUCCUCACGGGGUUCGGCUUCUUCGAGCCCUUCUGGCUCAUCGACAUCGCCAACAUCGCCAUCGUCAUGCACCUCGUCGGCGAUUACCAGGUCUUCUGA